GGGAAUAAUAGCCAUUUUCUAUAAGCUAUUAGGAAAUAACACCUACCCAGAAAAUAAAUAAAUGUUACACUGUGUUAUAUGCGAUUGUUGCACACAGUAAACUACAACUCCCAGCGUUCACAGUGAAACGUCAUCAUGACCAUGUGACAUACAUGCCGCAUUUGUAAACACCACUUGAUUCCUGCUUUGUUCUGUUCGCUAUUUUUUGUUUGGUUUAUAUGGUACUAAUAUGAAUUAAAACAAAGAUGGAGGUGGAAACAGCACGACCUUAUUUUUUCGGUGACAUUGGGUUGUUUGUGUGUGUAUUAGGUUUCUGGGCAGAGAGGACAGAAGUUCAUAAGGCUGCAUAUCAGGGUCAGGUGUCUGUGCUGCAGAGUUUAAUUCAGAGUGGAGCUUCAGUCAAUAUUGUGGCUGUAGACUCCAUCACCCCUCUCCAUGAGGCUGCUACACGGGGACAAACGCAGUGUGUGAGACUGCUGCUGGAUGCAGGGGCACAGGUUGAUGCAAGGAAUGUGGAUGGCAGCACUCCACUGUGUGAGGCAUGCUCCAUUGGGAACUUUGAGUGUGUGAGGCUUCUUCUGGAGUAUGGAGCAAAAGUUAACCCAACCCUUACCUCACGGACCACCUCCCCUCUACACGAGGCCUGCAUGGGAGGUAAUGAAGAUUGUGUAAAGUUAGUGAUAGCUAAAGGAGCCAGUCUGGAGGCCUAUGACCUGUACUAUGGUACCCCACUACAUGUAGCAUGUGCCAGCCAACACCUGGAGUGUGUCAAGGUGCUACUGAAUGCAGGUGCGCGAGUGAAUGCUGCUAGGCUGCAUGAGACGGCCUUGCACCACGCAGCAAAGGCCAACAAUGUGGACAUGAUUGAGCUGCUGGUGGAGUUCGGGGCCGACAUUUAUGCCCGAGACAAACACGAUAAGAAGCCAGUCGACUACACAAGGCUGAACACGCCCUCUGCACACUGUCUUCGGCUUUGUGAAAGUAAUCCUCUGUCUCUGCAGCAGUUGAGCCGUAUCACUAUUAGGACAGUUCUGGGCACUAGAGCUCUGGACGUGGUGACCAAACUCAACAUACCAAACCGUAUUAUUAGUUAUCUCUUAUACCAAUGAAAUCCUCAUGCCAAGACACUGUGGAAAGAUGGAACUCUCAGAGCUUUUUACCUCAGCUGCACAAAAAAUGUGAACAACAAUAAAUAUAAGUAAUAUCAGCACUUUACCACAUUAUAGGUGAAGUGUGUGAUUUUUUUCGAUGUUACAAUAAUUUCUCCUAUCCCAGUUUAAAGUGCAGAGACAACUAUAAGUAAGCCUUUCAUCGGUUGAUUUCCCGAAGUGUGUAAACACUGUUCUGUAGCGAUAUCAAAACAUUGCUAUGUUUGUUUGAGCAGACCGACUUGUCGACAUCUGGCUCAGCCCAUAUGUGAGUUUGGAGAAGGACUUCAUGUUUGACUGAAAACUAGAAAAUGUUUGAGAAACUAGUUUGGAAACAAUCAUUAUUUUUAAUUACACACUUCAUGUUCAAGUAACUGAAGCACAGUAUAUUAAAUAGUAAGUAGGAAGCUUAAAAUUCCUUCACAUGAGUUCAGUGACUCAGCACUUCUUAACAAAGCACUCUAGCAUUGGAUGUAAGAUAUGUUGUUCUAAUGCAUUCCUACUGUAAUGUGAAUUUAAAGGAAUGUUCUGGGUUCAGUACAAGUUAAGCUCAAUCAACAGCAUUUGUGGUAUAAUGUUGAUUGCAACAAAAAAUAAUUUUCACUCGUUGCUCCUUUUCUUAAAAAAAAUAAUAAUAAAAUAAGCAAAAAUUGAGGUUAUAGUGAGGCACUUACAAUGGAAAUGAAUGGGGCCAAUUUGAGGGUUUAAUGGCAGAAAUGUUUAGUUUAUAAUUUUAUAAAAGCACUUAAUUCUUCUGUUAAAACUUAUAUUAGUCAUUUUAAUGGUUGUUUUAGGGUUUACGGCAUUAGGUUGUCAUAGCAACGUAGUUGUAAACAAAAAUAAGGUUAGUACCUGAUUUUGUCACACUAAAAUCAUGUUAAAAUGCAUAUUAUUUACGUCUUGUGGCUAUACUUUUGAAAAAGUGUGUAAUUUAACAUAUACAGAUUGACCCCUAUUCACUUUCAAUGUAAGUGCCACACUGUAACACAGAUUUCUUUUUUCUUUUUUUUUUUUUUUUUUAAGAAAAGGAUGGAUAAGUUAAAAUAUCUGCGUUGAGAAAAUAGCACAUUUAAUCUGGCAGCUGUCCAGGACCUGCUCUGACUAUUAAGUGAAGUCCAGGAAAACAGCAGUACAUUAGUCGCUCAGACGACAGACUCUUUGCAUGUGCACAACACUCAAUUGAGUAGUUAUGAGCGUGUGAACAUCCGCAACGAUGCUCUCCAGAUGUCAAAAUGACAAUGAGAUUUCAUUCAUUGUACAGCAGGUGAACAUACCGGCUUAGGCAAAGGGCUAAACUGAGCAUCUAUUACAGGGGUGAUAUUGCACAGGCAUGGGAAAGGCUGCCAUGCAUAUUAUGACAAGCACCUUGAGUUACACCACUGUUGUUGCACAUUAAUUGUCUGUGCUUCAAAGUAGUGAUGCCAUGGUUACAUGAUUUCAGCGGUGACCAGAAGCCAAUGUAGGACAGUGUUGUUCUGUAGAAUCGUGGAAUUGGUGUAACAGUCUACAGAAAAAUAUGCUGCAAUAGCUCUCUCAUUUCUUGCAGUGUGUUUUCUAGCAAUUUACCAUCUAUAGUAGAGUCUCAUCAUUUACUCACCUUCAUGUCAUUCCAAACCCAUAUGACUUAAUUUCUUGUCUGGAACACA